UUUUGAGAUGUAGACGGGGCACGUUAAGCAAAAAUUAAAAAUCUAUACUCGAUUUAUCAACUAAGCUUUAGCGUUAAUUGCAUGUAACAAUGUACAGGCAUAUUGUGCAUUCGUUAUUAAACGCUUUUUGAAUGGUGGCGCCGUAAUGCACAAUUUUUAAACAAAUUGUCAAAUACUCGCAUAAAAAUUGUAGCCAGACGUUUAGUUGCCGCCGUAGUAUAUUUCAGUAUAUUUAACAGCUCUAAAUUGUAUAUUUAAAAAAUCAAGCUGCGGUCACGCUAAUUACGUGCCUUGUCAAAGUUUUGUAACCUGGAAAAAAAGGGCAGACGUUUAAAUAAUUCGACCGACCGACCGGCUCAAUAAUUCUUUUUAUAUAGUUCACCAUCAAGGGCAGCAUUAGCACACAUCAACAAUGGCCGGCUUCUCAGACUAUUCGAGAAAUGAGGAAACAGAGGUUAAUGGCUGGAUUCGGUUUGGAUUGCGUCUUGGUGUUAGUGCUGCACUGCAUCCUUUUGAAUACUCAAAGACUCUGAUACAGAUUGGUUACGAACCCAUCUCUGCAAGACCUGGCAAGUCGCUGCUUGGCAAACCUGUUAUGCUCUUGCCCAACAUUUUUCAGUACGCUGGUCACAUUCGCAAAAUCGAUGGAUUCUAUGGUUGCUAUCGUGGCUUGGCUCCCAAACUAGCUGGCUCCGUGCUAAGCAUGGUAGUGAGCGAACGCGUUGCUGAGAAACUGGGGCUCGCCUAUCAGGAUGACAAGGACGAAUCCGAGUUGACCGAAGAGGAGAGCUAUGUACAGUUCAAGUACAAUCUGAAGCGCGACAUUGUGUUGACCGUCAGUGGCAUUGUUGUCGCACAUCCGUUCCAUGUGAUUUCCCUACGGAUGAUGGCUCAGUUUAUCGGUCGCGAGACGCUGUACAACUCCAUACUGGGCUCAGUGGCCGAAAUCUGGAAUAACGAAGGCGUGCUUGGCUUCUUUGCCGGUCUAAUCCCCAAGCUGCUGUGCGAUGUCGCCGGUCUGGUGCUGUCGAGCUCCACGGUGUUCGUGAUCAACAAAUAUCUGAUCAAGGACAAGGUGGCCAGGCAAUACAAUGCGGGCUUUACGCAAUUCGCCUUCUCCAGCCUGCUGUACCCACUGCAAGUGGUCUCCACAUGCUCGGCUGUGAGUGGCUCACGUCUGAUGGCCGGACAACCUCCGAUCAUGCCCAAGUAUGCCAAUUGGGUGGACUGCUGGAAUGAUUUGCAGACGCGCAGGGAACUCAAGCGUGGCAGUUCGCUCUUCUGGCGUUCGCAAGCAGCUUAUACAUCAGCAGUACCCACAUCUUUUGCACCGUUGCCAGUGCUGUCCCGUUAUCAGUAGAUGGAAUAUGAUUAAGUGAUGACGCUGAUGCGACCACAAAAUAUGAAUCGUCGGAAUUAUAUCCACCACCGAUAAAAAAGAAGAACGUCGGCGUCUGCCUGCAUUUUGAACACACACACACAUAUAUUUUUGCUCGAAGAGCGCCAUCCUAAGACAUCUAUGCAUUUGUUUUCUCUGGUCGCGAUUUAGCAUGCGUAUAGAACAAUUUUUAUGCAAGUGUAAAUCCAAAUGUUAAAAUGGUCCCCCAUAAUUUAUGAACAACAAUCGAACGAAAUAAUUACAACA